AUGGUUGGGCCGGACGAUGCCGGAGCUCAGGGCAGUGCAGCCUUGUUUCCCGCGGGCCGGCAAGAUGAGGCGGCGGCGGAGGAGGAGGAGGCGGAGGAGGAGGACGGGGAGCGGGAUGGAAGCCGGAGCCUGAGCGGGGGCUCGGGGCAGGAGGAGCGGUUGCUGCAGCGGUACCUGGCCGGGAAGGUUGGCCCCACCGCGCCUGCGGGGCUGGGCUGCAAGUGCUGCCCGGAGAGACCCCCCAACGGGGCCGCCUGUGUCCUGGGCCCCCACGGGAGAAUGACCAAUGGGGACGCCGGCUUCCUGCUGCAGCCGGAGGAGCCGCCUGUUUGGGCCGUGCGGACCGAGCCGGGGCCCCAGGAGGAGGAAAUGAGACUGCCCAAUGGGGGCUUCCCUCACUUCCUCCCCGAUCCCCAGCCGGAGCCGGGGAGCGGCGCGGGCCGGGCCAGCCCGCCGGCGGGGGCUGCCCUCGAAGAGCCUUUGAGAAGUUGUUGCUUGGGGCCCGAUCCGGAGGAUGGCGCGGCGGUCGGUAGCCGCCCGCCGCCCCGCAGCGGAGCUGGGACUGAAAGCCCGUCAGAAGCCGCCGCCGGCGUUCGGACUCCCCGGGACUGCAGCGACGGGGCUGCUGCGGCGGGAACCCUUUGCCCGGCGCCUCUGGGCUUCAUAGACAUUAACCUGAAUUCCCGCAACACCUACGAAGUGAGCCGGUGCCGAAGCGCCCCGGAGCACCUGCCGCAUGGGGGGACACCGGCCACCGUCCCGGCCCCUCCCCAGGAGCCGACGGACAAAACCAAGAGAAUCGCUAUCCCUGGCAGCAGCAGCGGCAUCGCCGACUUCAUUACAAGAAACUUUUUCACCAAAAGGACAAAGGAACUCAAACCUGGUCUCCACAGUGCUCCUGGCUGGAAGUUAUUUGGAAAAGUCCCUCCUAGAGAAAACUUUCAAAAAGAUUCCAAAAUAAUUCAGCAGGAUGACAGUUCUGGCAGUGUUACAUCAGUAUCUACUCUCAAUCUGUUAAACACAGGGGAAUAUGAAGCACGAACAGGAAGAACAUGUAAACCUGCACCCCAGGCAACAAGACGUAAAAAUUUUGAAUUUGAACCACUUUCAACUACUGCUCUUAUUUUGGAGGAUCGACCAUCAAAUCUUCCUGCCAAAUCCAUAGAGGAGGCUUUACGUCACAGACAAGAAUAUGAUGAAAUGGUGGCAGAGGCAAAAAAACGAGAAAUUAAAGAAGCACAUAAAAGGAAAAGAAUAAUGAAAGAACGAUUCAAGCAAGAGGAGAAUAUUGCUAGUGCUAUGGUGAUUUGGAUCAAUGAAAUAUUACCUAACUGGGAAGGCAUGCGUACUACCCGAAGAGUUCGAGAAUUGUGGUGGCAGGGGUUACCCCCAAGUGUUCGUGGGAAGGUCUGGAGUCUUGCUAUAGGAAAUGAAUUAAAUAUUACUCAUGAGCUCUAUGAAAUCUUCUUAUCCAGAGCCAAGGAACGAUGGAAAAGCUUCAGUGAGACAAAUUCAGAGAAUGAUAUAGAAGAUGCAGGUGUGUCUGUUGCUGACCGUGAGGCCAGCCUGGAACUAAUUAAGCUGGAUAUAUCACGCACAUUUCCGUCCUUCUAUAUUUUUCAGAAGGGAGGUCCAUAUCAUGAUCUCUUGCAUAGUGUCUUAGGAGCAUAUACGUGUUACAGACCUGAUGUGGGAUAUGUUCAAGGGAUGUCCUUCAUUGCCGCAGUACUCAUUCUCAAUCUGGAAGAGGCAGAUGCUUUCAUUGCCUUUGCAAACCUCCUAAACAAGCCAUGCCAGCUGGCCUUUUUUCGUGUGGAUCACAGCAUGAUGCUGAAAUAUUUUGCAGCAUUUGAAGUAUUCUUUGAAGAAAAUCUCCCAAAACUAUUUCUUCACUUCAAAUCAUAUAGUCUUACUCCAGACAUAUACUUGAUAGACUGGAUCUUCACUCUCUACAGCAAGUCACUACCACUUGAUCUGGCCUGUCGAGUCUGGGAUGUCUUUUGUAGAGAUGGAGAAGAGUUUUUGUUUAGAACAGGAUUAGGAAUCCUUCGAUUAUAUGAAGAUAUCCUCCUACAGAUGGACUUCAUUCAUAUAGCACAGUUUCUAACAAAACUGCCCGAAGACAUCACAUCAGAAAAGCUUUUUAGUUGCAUUGCAGCUAUUCAGAUGCAGAAUAGUAACAAAAAAUGGGCCCAGGUGUUUGCCUCACUAAUGAAGGACAACAAAGAAGGUGACAAGAACCAUAGCCCAGCACUGAAAAGCUAAUCUCCAUAAUGUAGAGGUCUAUUGACAUUGUAGAAAACCACUUGAUUAAAAAGGAAUUAUUACAUCAUUUUACAUGAAAACCACUAUAGAGAAAAGCUUAAGAAACACGAAGAGAGACAGUAUUUGACUGAAUACAGUGGCAGAAAUUGAUGAAAUCUUCACCCUGUUGCCAGUAUUAAGUAGCUUUUUGUGGGAAGAAUUGUUUUCACAGAGAGCAAAAUACUAAAACUUGUGAAACUGAGAAGUGGGUAAUACAUAUUUAAUAUUUAAAAAGAAUCUGCUUAAUGCAAUAAACAUUUGUAAUAACUUUUGUUGGUACUUACAAAAAUUUAGGCAUACCUUUUUUUACAAAUACCACAAAGGCACUUUUUUCGGGGAGUGAUAAAAAUGUUAAAUAUUAAAUAAGGCCCAAGAACUGCUAUCUGAACCAAACACUCUGGUACAAAUAUUACCUCCACAAUUAACCAGUAAGAAAUAUUGUGGACCAAAUGAGUUUGUUUAGGUAUGUUUGUACCAGAUAAUAUAAAGCAUUGGGGUAUGUCUUAUUUAGUUCACUUAAAUUGUAGCUUCAUUCUUCAGCUUAGGCAAAUUUA